UCCAGCAGGAUCCCCGUUCCAGCAGGAUCCUCUUCCCGGCGGGAUCCCCGUCCCGGUGGAGCAGUGACCAUGGCCACGGGCCAAGCUGCCAAAUCCAGGAGGACAAUUGUCAUUGCUGGUGUCCCAGCUGGCCUCCUGCAGGAUGAGGUCAUGGCUGACAUCCUCACCAUCCACUUCCAAAUGUCCAGGAACAACGGUGGGGACGUGGAGGAGGUCACAUAUCCCACACAGAACAAAGGAGUUGCCUACAUCACCUUUGAGGAUCAAGCAGUUGUGGAGAGAGUUCUGAGGAAGGAUCAGCAUCUCCUGCAGGACAAGAGGCUCUCCAGGCUCUACCCCCUGAGCGUGACCCGCUACUGCCAGCACGCCUUCCUCUGUGUCACAUCCACCCUCAGCAUGGCUGUUUUCAGAGGUCACUGUGUUCUGGAGGAUCUGGUGGAGGAGAUGAAGAAGCAGAGCCCGGAUUUGGAUUUUGGGGUUUUGCAGCCUGAUGGGCGAAUUGCUGUGCAGGGCUCCUUCCCAGCACUCAGAGCACUGAGAGAAUUCCUCCUGCUCAAGGCAAAAUCCCUCUCAGAGGGAGACAGCAAGGAGGGGAAACCCCAUCAGAGACCCAGGAGGAAGCUGCAGGAGCACAGAGGCGCUGUGGAGAUGAGGAAUUCCCCUGAGGAUGCAGCCAGGCACAAACAGACGCUGCUCCUGGACACGGAUAUCUAUCACUACAUGAGGUGCUUCCACCCCAAAACACUCCAGGCCAGCAGUGCUGACAUCUCUGCUGUCAUUGAGGGUGACAUCACCACGGUGUGCAUCGAGGCUGCUGGCAGGAGAGCUGCUGAUCACGGAUGGAGGGCCAAGAGGAGGAUUGAGGAUUGCUCUGUGCAGCUGCAGAGGAUGCUGAGGAAGGAGAGGAUCAGCCUCAGGGGGCUCAGCAGGGCUCAGAGGGAGAGGUGCAGGCAGCUCUGGCAGAAUUUGACACCCAGGUACCCUGCAGUGCUGCUCAUCCCUUGUGACACCCAUGUGGAUGUUGUAGGGACCCCUGCAGAGGUUCUGGGGUUCACAGAGGAUGUGAAGAGGCACUUCAGGUAGGAGGGAGCGUUCCUGGAGUUUGUUCUUCUCAGCCUGUGGCUCUGAGAUGUCACCUUGUCCCACUCACAGGCAAUUCUGCGCGGGAGGGUGACCCCCAAAAUACCAAAUUAAGGUCACAGCCAAUGAAACCAAUGGGAAGAAGAAAAUGAACCAGUUGGAAGAAGAAAAUGAACCAGUUGGAAGAAGAAAAUAAACC